UGCUCACAUCACCGGCAUGACAGACGGCAACAGAGUCCCAAGUCAGCGCCCACGUGCAAAGGUUCCAUCCUUCAAUCGCCUCGGACAGUAAGCUCAGCCCUACACCGAGAAGACUUGGCUCAACGGUUGUUAUUUGAACUCCUCCCGCUGCAACGCUCUACCUUCUCGGUGACGAACAUCCUACGACAACGACAACGUUACCUACGCUAGUCAGAUCAAUUCCGAUUUGGAGGCCGAGAAUGGGUCCAACAUGAGACAAGGGGCGUGGCUAUGAAUCCUGGGCCCCUUUGCGGUCAACCCCGCCAAAACCUCCUGCUCUUCAGGGCAUGGGGGAUCCCAAGGAUCGGGAAGCCAUCCCCACAUGCCGUGUCUUGGUAUUGGAGAUCUGUCGACACGGGCACAGCUGAGAGGGGAGGUCUGCAAGCUCGUCACGCAGGUCGCACCCGAGAAUUCCUCGUGUCAGAACCUGAACUCUCACGGUUGGUGGUGGUGGUUACUGCUACACCUGCAGUCCCCCUUCCGCAUUUUUUUUUUGCGCCUAGAUACAAUGCUUCGAGAUCAUCUCCAACCCUUCUUCAACGGGGGUCUAGCCCCAGCCUAACAUGGAAGCUCAGAAAUACCUCAGCUGGCCAGUCCCCCGAAGUAACUACAUAUAUCAACAUACCCGCUCACACAAGCUGGGGCAGAUCCAACUCUAGAAGCAACACAGAAGCAAACAGGGGGCUCGGGAAGUCCGCAGCUGAAAAAACAAGACCGGAGCACCCUGAUAAACGUCGACACGCUGAGGACGCCUGAAGCUUUGGGCGGUUUGAUUUGAUGAUCGCUCUUCGGUCUCAGCCCCUUCAGAACAGCGAGGACGCGCAACCCCAAAUCCACCUUGUUUCUCCGUACGUAGAGUCCCAGAAAUGUCGUCCUUUGUAGUUCGGUGCUGCUUUCCAUUUUCCAAGGUGGAGGAUUUCCCAUCUUUUCUCCAGCCCUGUUCCUGACCCUUGCAGAA